AUGUGCGAUCAACCUCAUUCGUCUCAAACUCAUUCAUUCCUCUCUCUCUCUCUCUCCCAUUAUUCCAUGGACGAAACCAAUGGUCGAAGAGAAACUCACGAUUUCAUGAACGUCAACGUCGAAUCCUUCUCUCAGCUUCCUUUCAUCCGCCGUACUCCGCCCAAAGAAAAAAGCUCCAUUAUUCGUCUCUUCGGCCAAGAGCUCAUCGGAGAUAACUCCUCCGGUGCUCAUCAACAAGAAGACUUCUCUCCAGAUUCUUCCGAAACUACAACAACCAAGAUCAACGAAGAGAGCUCUGAAAAUGUCAAGGAAAAGGACAAGGACAAGGAAAAAGACAAAGACAACAACAAUAACAGGAGAUUCGAGUGUCACUACUGUUUCAGAAACUUCCCGACUUCUCAAGCCCUAGGUGGACACCAAAACGCUCACAAACGCGAACGCCAACACGCCAAACGCGGUUCCAUGUCGUCAUACCUUCAUCAUCAUCACCAGCCUGACCCUCACCACGUUUACGGCUUCCUCAACAACCACCACCACCGUCACUAUCCCUCGUGGACGACGGAAGCUAGAUUCUACGGUGGUGGUGGAGGAGGAGGAGGAGGACAGCAAACGCCGUCGUAUUACUCACGCACUCUUCCUCCUCCUAUUUCUAGUAGUAUCACACCGACGAUCAACGGAAGUCCUUUAGGUUUGUGGCGUGUACCGCCUUCCACGUCAGCAAACGCUAUUCAUCAUGGCCAUUACUCAGCAUCACAAGCUUCAGCGUUUAGGACGCAUGAGCAGGAGAACAAUAAGGAGCCGAAUUGGCCCUACAGAUUGAUGAAACCAAAUGUGCAAGAUCAU